GGUUCUUGAAAACAUUGUAUCUUGAGUCAUGCUUGGUUUCAGACGAAACUUUGCAUGUCCCUGCACUGAAUGUCCCUGUGUCUAUCUCGUACUUGAAUGUCAGUCUGCGCUGGUUUCUGUGUGUGUACCGCAGCUGUUCAAGAGAAGUCCCCUUCUGUGAUCUGACACUGUGUGUUUAAGCUGUGUAUAUCUGCAGUGAAUGUGUAUCGGUGAGACUGUCUCUGGCCCUCAGGGUGACAGCAGUGUUUUGGAAGCUCAGCCAGGUGUAUGUAUGUCCAAAUGGCACGUGGGCGGGGCUUUGACUAGGUGCUCUCAUUUCCCUGGCAAAUACUGUCACCAGUUCCCUUUUCUUGUCACACAGCUUCUGGAGAUUAUAUAGCAGAAAUGGAAUGUGUCAGAGGCACCAUGGUUCUGCUGAUGUGUGUCUUAUUUCUCAUCGUUGCUGGUACAGACUCUGAAUACAUUUCACUGCAGUCCACACAGCAUGGGAAAAUGGGCGACUCUAUGCUCCUCAGAGUAGAGACUCAUUUUGAUGUUCAGGAUGUAACUUUCCAGGGGACCUGGUGUAAAACUAAGCCUGUUUACACUCAUUUGGUCAGUUUUACCAAAACCACUGUCAUCUCAAAUCUGCGCCUAAAGAACAUUAGGCUCAUUUUGCCAAAUGGUUCUCUAAAUUUUGAGCAUCUGGAUGAGGACACACAGGGGGAAUACGAGCUGGAGAUCAACAUCAUCUUCCCGGGAAACUCCAGUAUAGUGAAUGUCACUAAAACAGUGACGGUCACAGUCAGCGUGCCUGUGUCCAUCCCCAUAAUUAGUAAAACCCCAGACUCAGAAAUCGUGGAAGACAGGGACAAUGUGACGCUGACUUGCUCUGUUGAACAUGGGACAAAUGUUCAGUUAAAAUGGCUAAAGAACAACAUGUUGGUUGGUCCAAGUGAGCGGCAUACGUUCUCACAAGAUAAUGGGAUGCUUUUUAUAAACCCUGUCAAGAAAGAAGACAUCGGUCAAUACAUUUGUGAGGCCCGAAACCACAUUAGCAAAACCCAAAGCAAACAGGCUGAUCUCAGUGUGUUCUACGGGCCCUAUAACCUGGCAGUAAAUUCUGACCAAGGUCUGAAAAUUGGAGGCGUGUUCACAGUAAACCCAGGUGAACUGGUCUUUUUUGAGUGUAUUGCGGACUCGAACCCUCCCAACACCUGCGUCUGGAUCUCUAAAACAAAGAACAGCACAGAGGUUCUCAUGACUGGACCACGGUUUGAAGUGAAGCCGUAUGAGUUACCCCAGGGUAAAGAGUUCUUGUGUAGAGCAUUCAACAAUGUGACGAAGAAGCAGGACGAGACCAAGUUCACACUGGUGGUGGCCAGUCUCAGCACAGGAAAAGCUAAAUACAUCCAGGGAGGGAGUGCGCUGUCUCCAUUGACUUUUAUUACAGUCUUCUCAGCCAUCAUCAUAGUGUGUAUGAUGUUUGUGCUCCUAAGGAAGAGCUGCCAUCCAAAAAGAAUGAUAAAGACUAUCUACAGGAGGCCUAUGACAGAGCAGAAAGGACUGCACCGCUCCGGUCAUGAAGAUGCAGCUGAAGACUUUGGCAUCUAUGAAUUUGUCUCUGUACCUGGGAAAAUGGAGUCAACACAGGCAUCCUGCAGGUCUUUGGCACGGCUCGAUUCAGUCAGAGAUUUGCAUACCACCAUCUAUGAUGUCAUCAGACAUGUGCCUGAAACUCCAACACUGAGUCUGUUGAAAUGAGAGAGGUGGAUCGUCACGUGUGCUCAGAUGUAAAGAUGCAAAGCAUUUUACUAUAUUUUUCUUUCUGCCUUUUUUUUUUUCUCAGUCGCACAUUUAAACGCUUCUUUUGCUUUACAGUUAAUCAUUUUUAUACUUCCUUUUUAUACUUCCAAAAGUCUGAAAAUCACACAUUUAUAAACUUGUGCUGGGCACUAAAGUUUUUAUUGUCUUAAAAAAUACCUAUAUAAGAAAGAGAACUAUGAGAUUUUAUUCUGUAGCAACAUGCUUAAUGAAAAACUAAGAGUAUUUAUAUAUAAAUACAGUCGUCAUCUAACGUCGUUGUUUUUUGAAUGUAAAUAUGAUGUAUGCAUUUUGUACGUUGAAACUUUGUUUGCACACUGCAGUGUAUUCUGUGAUAUUGCUCAUUACAUUUUAAAGAUGCCACAUUUCAUGUUUUCGAAUGUAAAACAGACAUCUUCUGUCUGAUUUGUUCUCUAUGUGUUGCACCUGUUCACAUUUUAAACACAGAUGGAUGCUUUGUAAUUUGAAAAUAAAGGUUUUUAGAAAUA